AUGCCCCGCGCCGGCCGACGGCGUCCCGCGGGGGACAGUCCCCUCAGGAGCGCUCUGGGCGGCGUCCUGGCCCUGGUGGCGAGCGAAAGGCGGCCACGGCUGUCUGCGUGGAGCCAGCGCCUCGCGACGACGCGCGUCCCCCCGACGGACGCGUCAUACGACGGCCAUCAGGCGCUCCUUUCGCUCAAGUCCGCCUUUCCGUACAGCAAGAUGGCUGCCCCCGCGCCGUGCGACGCAGGCUCCUCCCCCGGUGGGUCCCGAACCGGAAGGCGCCCUUUCCCAGGAGUCCGCUCGCCGUUGCGCGGCAACGGAUGGCGGCGGCCGCCCCCUCCCCGGCUGCCGGGCGGCAAGAUGGCGUCGCGCGUGCUGGUGCAGUACGUGGUGCUGCGGGGGGACCUCCGGCGCGAGCCCCUCUCGUGGCCCCUGGGGGCCCUGGUGGCCCAGGCCUGCCACGCGGCCCUGGCCGUGGUGCACGCGCACUACGCGCACGCGGACACCGCGGCCUACCUGGCGCAGGGCGGCGGCAUGCGGACCGUGGUGCUGGAGGCCCCUGAUGAGCAUGCCUUGAGCGCAUUAGCAGAGACUCUGCAGAAAAACGGCAUCGAUCACAAAGUGUGGGUCGAGCAGCCAGAGAAUGUAGCAACGUGCGUGGCCCUCCGCCCGUACCCAAAGGAGCAUGUGCAUCGCCACUUGAAGACCUUCAAACUGCUGAAAUGAUUUUCCUGCUCUCCGGCCACUUGCGGGUGGACCUCUGCUGGACCCUUCUGGGUACGGGUUUGUGGGCACGGCCGCAGGGGAACGCUGGAGUACAGCAGUAUCACUGCGGGACUUGAGACUCUGGUCGGGAACCGUCGUCUCGCGGCCUGUCGCUGCCCGUUACGCACUUUCAGGCAUGGUGCUUUUGUAGCAGUGAUUAAAGAAAGCCAUUGAGCAGCAA